AGUCGAUGUGUUUAUUGUUUACAUUAAUCGCGUUUUACACGCGCAUACACUUCUGUUUUUCUGCUUGACUCUAUAAUUCACUGUACGCAUGGCUGCAACUGCAACGGUCCAACGCAUGCGCCCUCGCUGACAUCCGGGGCCAGGACAAGGAUGAACGGCGAUUUCCAAGAUGGCGGCGGAGGGAGGAGGGAAGGAGAUGAACGAAAUUAAAACUCAGUUCACCACACGAGAAGGUGUCUACAAACUCCUCACUCACUCUGAAUACAGCCGCCCGAACAGGGUGCCUUUCAACUCGCAGGGCUCCAAUCCCGUCAAGGUCUCCUUCGUCAAUGUAAACGACCAGUCCGGCAACGGCGACAGGAUCUGUUUCAAUGUGGGCCGGGAACUCUACUUUUAUAUCUACAAAGGCGUGAGAAAGGCUGCUGAUCUUAGUAAGCCCAUAGACAAGAGGAUAUACAAAGGAACGCAGCCUACGUGCCAUGACUUCAACCCCCUCACAGCUACAGCAGAGAGUGUCUCUCUGCUGGUGGGCUUCUCAGCAGGCCAGGUGCAACUCAUAGACCCAAUAAAGAAGGAAACCAGCAAACUCUUCAAUGAGGAGAGACUUAUCGACAAGUCGAGAGUAACGUGUGUGCGAUGGGUUCCUGGUUCAGAGAGCCUGUUUCUUGUGGCUCACUCCAGUGGCAGCAUGUACUUGUACAAUGUGGAAAACACCUGUGGCACCACAGCACCUCACUACCAGCUCCUUAAGCAGGGUGAAAAUUAUGCCGUGCAUACCUGCAAGAGCAAAUCGGCUCGUAACCCGUUACUGCGGUGGACAGUGGGCGAAGGGGCGCUCAAUGAGUUUGCUUUCUCCCCAGAUGGAAAGUUUCUAGCUUGUGCGAGCCAGGAUGGCUUCCUGCGGGUUUUUGGCUUUGAUGCCGCAGAGCUACACGGAACUAUGAAGAGUUACUUCGGUGGCUUACUGUGCGUGUGCUGGAGCCCCGAUGGACGGUAUAUUGUGGCAGGAGGGGAGGACGACCUGGUGACGGUUUGGUCAUUUUUGGACUGUAGAGUCAUUGCACGAGGGCAUGGCCACAAGUCAUGGGUGAGCGUGGUGGCGUUUGACCACUGUACCACCAGUGUUGAGGAUGGCGACUUGCCUGCAGAGUUUAGUGGCAGCGACGAGGACUUUCACGAGCAGAAUCACUUCGGUGCAGGCAGAGACAGAGCAAACAGUUCUCAUUCUCGGCUUUCUAAGAGAAACUCUACGGAUAGUAGGCCGGUUAGUGUGACCUACAGAUUUGGCUCAGUGGGACAGGACACCCAGCUGUGCCUGUGGGACCUCACAGAGGACAUUCUCUUUCCUCACCUCCCUUUGUCCCGCACUCGAACACACACUAAUGUUAUGAGUGCCACAAGCCCUCCAGCAACAGGACAAACUCCUUCUACUCUGUCCACGACCACCAGUUCCGGUGGCACCAACGGUAAAGACAAUUUGAGCAAUAGUAGCACUAGCGGCAACCCAACUAACUCCCUCCCCGGCACCUUGCCUCGGUCCAAUAGCUUGCCUCACUCCUCAAAUCCAGCGGGGGGCAGCACCCCCAACAGUAACACAGGCAGCAGCAACAGCAGCAGCAGCACCACCGCCACAACCAAGGCCAACAGCAUCAUUGACAACGCUUUCAUCGCCACCAGCGUCAGCAAGUUUGCAACACUGUCGUUACACGACUCGCGGAAGGAGCGCCACGAGAAGGACCACAAGAGAAACCACAGCAUGGGUCACAUCAGCAGCAAGAGCAGCGACAAGCUAAACCAGCUCAGCUCGUCAAAGACGGCGAAAGCUGACGCUGCUAAGACUUUAGGCACCACUCUGUGCCCACGCAUGGAGGAGGUGCCGCUCCUGGAACCGCUGGUGUGCAAAAAGAUAGCUCACGAAAGACUCACGGUGUUAAUCUUCCUGGAGGACUGUCUGGUAACAGCCUGCCAGGAGGGUUUCGUUUGCACAUGGGCUAGGCCUGGGAAAGUGGGAUUGCUAUCAUCUCAAAACAACCCAGCCAAUUCCCCCAGUGGAACAGUAGUAUAGUCGAUGCUGGUGCUGCUAAUAACAGCUCCACGCAACAGAGACGUGGGGACGACCAAGACCGAGGCCCUGCAGCGCUUCUUCACACACAGUCACACAUCACAUGACCUCGAGUGUCUCCUUUCAUUCUCAUCACUACAAGCACCCAGAUGCUCUCUUUGUGUUACUGUUCAUGUUAAGAAUUUUGGCCAAGGCCAGAGUUAGAAACUUGACCCCCUUUGUUUUGUGUGUGUGUGUGCGCGCGUGUGUGGGGGAGGUGGAGUGGGUUUAAAGGGUGCUAUUGGAAGUUAGAGGGCAAGUUUUAAAUCAUCCAGGAGGCUUAUGGGAAGGUUUGACUGGCUUCAUUAUUGCAUCUAUGCUCAUAUCAGAACGUGUCUAGUCUAACAAUAACAAACUAAUCCCCCAAUCUCUUGUGCCUGUAAAUCUUCAAAGACUAGACACGGUGUAAGCAUUUGUGAUGAUGCCUCAACCUGACCUUUUUGUGUGGGUUUAAUUAAAUCCUUUUUUUUAAGAAAAAAAAAAGAGAAAAAAUAAAUGUAAUAUAUUCACAGAUAAAGGGAAUAAGAUGAGGGACUGUUUUGGAGCGACAGCAGCAUAUCCCCAAAGCGAAGUCUCUUAUUUUUCACCUCCUGGGUGAUUCCUUGUGCAGUCACGGUUGUCAAACACCUGCCCAAGAGAGACUGCCUUUUACUUCCUUUUGAAAUGUUUUUAAGUCCGAGUUGUCAAACUCAGGAGUUUAUUUGCACAGUUUUGUUUUUCUUUCGUUCUUUUCCUUCCCUUGUAUAUUUUGAACUCAUGAGGGUGGAACAAGUUUUUCAAAACGCUUUGAAAGCACUUGGGGAAACGGCUUGUUAUCGUUCUGUCUCAACGCUGGAUGCUGCAAUCAUAGUUUUUUAUAUGAAAAAAAAAAAUUGUUUGCACUUAAUAGUUAGAGGAGUAUGGCUUUACAUUUUGGAGUGUGUAAGGACUCCUUGACAAGGUUGUUAUAUAAAUAGAAUUUAAAAAAACAAAAACUUUGUAUCUAUUGAGCAUUUAUUUUAAUAUUGUUUCGGAUGAAAUGGGCUCUGUAAUAUAUGUAAAUAUUGUACAUCAGUGAUUUAUGAGUGAAAUGAUCAUAUUACAUUAAUUGAAAAUCCUCAUUUCAGAAAAUAGUGAUAUUUCUAAUACAGAAAAUCUAUACCUAAUAUUAAAACAAAUCUUGAAUAUGCAGGUGAAAAUGUUUCUUUUCUGUUGUACAUAGAGAAAUUUCAGGUGUAUUUUUAUUAAUGAAACGUUUGGUAUAGGAAAUGUCUAUCCUUUUGUCUAACAGGUAGUGCUGAAUGCUAGCUAGCCUGUCGCUGCAGAUUCCUUUUACUACGUAGACAGGUAGGCGCAGAGGCAGUGGUCUAUAAUUCAGCCAUCACUUCGAGCUCAGGUAAACCACAGGAAGACCAACGCUGGCAUAGUUCCCCUCACCCAUAGGCAGCAGUCCCAUCCGUCAUAAUACUUGUGAAACUCACUUUAACAAAUAAGACUGACAACCUUGUUCUGCACACAGGACUGAAAUCUGUGACUUCUGUUAUAUUGCCAGUAAUUGAUGCUGAACUUGUGAACAAACUUGACACUGUGUUGAAUUACCAGCUGACAUGCGUCAGCACUCGGUGGCGGGGGUAGGUGCUUGAGGUGAGGGGUGCUUUUUCAGGCACCCACAAAGAACUAAGGAUUUUAACAGUGGGAGCCUUUUCCUCCAUGUGACGCCUAUUAAACAGCUUUGACA